AUGGAAGCCUCACCCACUGCCAUACUAAAACUCCUCCUCCCAAAAACCCCAUUCAUCCUCAAAACCGCAUUGGCACACACGCUCUCCCUCUCGCCAACCGCGUCAAAAUGGGACCUUCGUACCGAACUCACCAUCAACAUCAUGCGCUCUAUGCUCGUCCCCGGCUCAACGCCGUCGACAAUCUCAAAAAACCAACGUCUCACUACGAAAGACCCAGGAGUCAAAGGCAAAAUGUGGAUUUCCAAAGUGUCCAUCCCCGUCGACUCGGAUGACGACCACGUACGACAACUCGUCCUCGACACCGUCGAUUCAAUGAGCACAACCCCUGAGCAAAAAGCAACAGUCUACGAAAAGCCCGCCUCUCAACCCUUGGAAGCAGAGUGGACCGGCUAUCGCGCGUCCGCAACAUCUACUUCCCCAGAACCGCCCAACCUCUCGGAGCAAGAAAAAUACAACAACCUCGUCGCCGAAACCACCAGCAAAGUAACCACACUCUACUUCCACGGCGGCGCCAUGUACCUCCUCGACCCAUCCACCUACCGCAAUCUUACUAGCCGCAUCGCCAAAGACACAGGCGGCCGCGUCUUCAGCGUCCGCUACCGCCUCGCACCCCAACACCCCUUCCCAGCAGCCCUCCUCGACGCCCUCGUUGCCUAUAUCGGCCUCCUCCACCCACCCCCAGGAAGCCCACACGCUCCCAUCCCGGCCUCUGAAAUCGUCUUCGCGGGCGACUCCGCCGGCGGCAUGCUCUGCGCCGCGCUCCUCCAACUCCUCCUCCAAAUCCACCGCACACACACCCCCUCGGACCCAUCCUCGCCGUCCCUCCCAACCGUGAAAUGGCACAACAAAGACGUUCCGCUCCCCCUCCCAGCAGGGCUAGCUCUCACAUCCCCCUGGCUAGACCUCACCCGCUCCCUCCCCUCUCUCACCUCCCUCGCCCACUACGACUACCUCCCCUCCCCCUCCCAAACCCUUACCCAUCGCUGGCCCGCCUGUCCCGCGUGGCCGUCUCCACCUCCCCGCGCCGAUCUCUACUGCGACGGCGGGCUCCUCCUGCAUCCCCUCGCGUCGCCGCUCAUGGCACUCGAUUGGACCAACGCGCCACCAGUCUUCUUCUCCGUCGGGCAGGAGAUGCUGCGGGAUGAAGAUGCCGUGCUUGCGCGGCGCUUGGUGCAGCAAGGCAGCGUCAUCAGGUGGGUCGAGUUCGAAGGCAUGCCGCACGUUUUCGCCGUCAUCCUCGAGGGCAGCGCGGCGGCGGAUCGGCAUCACGAGGUUUUUGCGGCGUUUUGCAGCGACGUUGUUGUCGCUGCUGCUGCUGCUGCUAACAAGACUGAGGGCCAGGGUUUGAAGAGCGAGGCUCGUCUCGUCUUGGCAAAGUCGUUGAAGGACAAAGACAUGGAUUUGAAGGAUAUCACGGAUCUGACGGAUGAGCAGGUCGACGGCCUCUGUAAUGACGGGAUGAAGCGCAUCGUUGAGGUUUUUGAGGCCAGGAGGAAUGGCGAUGAGGACGCAGUUCAGAGGGCUAUGCUCUAGUCUCUUCUUGUUCUCUUUUUCUUUUUCCCUUUUCAUUUAAUAUAUUGUUUUCGCUUUUUUUUUUUCCUUUAGGAAGGCUUGUAGGUUGGGCACGCAGAUAAGAUAGAUACCUAGGUAGGUACCACACAUUUGGUACUAUAUACACACACACACAAACAUCUCGGUACGAC